CUGAUUCCUUCCUUGUUCCAGCGACCCAGCCCCUUUCUCCUUUUCUUUCCCUCGCAAUUCAGAACCUUGCACUGCUCUCAACCAAAAAAAACCCUAGCCGUCUAGCCUCCACCACCGCCUUCGCAAGGAGUGGGACACUGCCGCCGUCCGUCACACUCAGGAGCUUUCCUCUUCGUCCUAUCGGCGUGCUCCAAGUCUUCGACCCCUAUUCGCUCUCACCGAUCGCAGCUUCUUCCUCGAGGUCAGCUCGGCGUCCGUCGUCUUCGUCUGCUAAGACGCGCUUCCGCCGCCGUCCAUCGCGCUCAGAGCUUCCGUCCUCGUCUGGUGCUCGUGCUUUAAGUCUCCAACCCCUCUUCUCAUUCACCAAUCGUGUGGUCGUCGUCCGUCGCGCUACCCUCCGUCGUACCCUGCCCAGACUGCUCAGAUCGAAGUUCCAUCGGCUUUUCCCUCUUUCUGACGGGCACUGUCUCACACACCUCUUGUGUUUGUGGCAUAGCAAAAAAUGGCGGGAGGGAAGGUGAAAAAGGAGAAGGGAAAGCCACAGCAGCACACACCUUACCAGGGUGGAAUAUCCUUUCACAAAUCCAAGGGGCAGCACAUCCUCAAGAACCCUCUCCUUGUCGACGCCAUCGUCCAGAAAUCUGGCAUCAAACCCACUGACGUCAUCCUCGAGAUUGGUCCCGGUACCGGUAACCUCACCAAGAAGCUUCUAGAAGCCGGUAAGAAGGUCAUCGCCGUGGAGAUUGAUCCCCGUAUGGUUCUCGAGCUCCAGCGCCGUUUCCAGGGCACUCCUUAUUCCAACCGCCUCACGGUUAUACAAGGUGAUGUGCUGAGGACAGAACUCCCUUAUUUUGACAUAUGUGUGGCGAAUAUUCCGUAUCAGAUAUCGUCGCCUCUCACUUUCAAAUUACUCAGUCACCAGCCUGCAUUUAGGUGUGCAAUUAUAAUGUUCCAGAGAGAGUUUGCCAUGAGACUGGUUGCUCAGCCCGGUGACAAACUCUAUUGCCGUCUUACGGUGAACACACAACUCCAUGCUCGAAUCUUCCAUCUCCUGAAAGUUGGAAAGAACAACUUUCGCCCUCCGCCUAAGGUUGAUUCUUCUGUAGUACGAAUAGAGCCAAGGAAGCCCAGGAUUGAAGUUAACAAUAAGGAGUGGGAUGGCUUUUUACGAAUUUGCUUCAACAGAAAGAACAAAACCCUUGGUGCAAUUUUCCGGCAAAAAAAUGUCAUAUCUUUACUCGAAAAGAACUACAAGACCGUGCAGGCACUGAAACUUUCACAAGAGGGUGCAGUGAAGGACACAGGAAGUCAAAUGGAUUUAUCUAGUUUCGGUGAUUUUGAUGAGGAUCAAGGCAUGGAUAUGGAUGGUGGACUGGAUGAUGAUGAUGGGAUGGAAGUUGAGGAUGGAGAAGCAGAAGGUUCGCAAUCCGAAUUCAAGGACAAGGUUUUGGGUGUUUUGAAUGAGGGAGAUUUUGAAGAGAAAAGGUCAUCCAAGCUGACCCUGCAGGAAUUCCUUUACCUGCUUUCGUUAUUUAACAAAGCUGGCAUUCACUUCUCCUGAUGCUAAAUUCAAACGAGUCAUAUUUCUUAUAUAAGAUAAAGUAGUCAUAAUUGUUAUGCUCUCUUAGUUUUUAUUUUUUAUUUUUUAAGUUACUUAAUAGAGUGAUACCAGGUUAGGCUGGAUUUUGGUUCUACUUAGUGAGGAUUUGUAUCCAAAUUUUGUUUAUCAUUUUUUCGUCCUUUUGAAUUCUAAAAGUUGUGUUCACUCUAUGGCUCUUCACAAUAUCUUACACAUCUUAUUGAGAUCCUAGAUGUUGCUGCUGAAA